AUGAUUAUUAAAGUUCCUCGUGGAGAUGGAGAAUGUUUUGACUUUGAUACGGAGGAUCCGCCAUUGGAUGUGUGCUUUGAUCGUCUUCUUGAGAUUUUGAGGAGCAGUAAUGCUCAGUCGAUGAUGCAUUAUGCAAUUGCUCACGCAUACAGGAGGCAUCCAAGACUUGCAAUGAAGAUUAUUGAGCAAGUAAUAGAGCGAGGAAUAGAUACAGGAUGUACAAGCCUGUUGAUGCUGCUUGCAUGCAAACUACAGGCUGGGAUUGAUGCGAUUGAUGUAGUGCAGAGGAUCGGGGGGGCUGAAUCGGCAACCUUCGAUGUUUUGAAGGGAUUUGUAUCGCUGAGACGAAAGAGCUAUGACGGAGCGCUUUUUCUGUUCAGAAAGGCAGGAUUCCAGCUUGGAGUGGAAAUAUGCAAUUAUUAUACAGGCAACUAUUUAGAAGCAAGAAAGUCGAUGAAUAGGAUUGUAAGGGGAUACUGCAUUGUGAAGGAGGCAAGGGAUACGAAGGAGAUGUGCAAAGCAGUGAAGCUAUUUGAAUCUGAAGGGAUGAGGAAUGUUUUGUAUAGGCUUGGUGCAUGCGAUGAGUACGAUGAUGCAUCAAGCACAGAUGUGAUGAUAAGGCAGGUGGAGGAGCUUGUGGAAAGAAAAGAUUUUGGAAAAGCCAGUGAGAUGAUUGAUAGGAUUCCUAAGAAUGCAGAAAGCCUGUAUCUCCGAGCGAAGAUUGAGCAUGUUUCCGGAUCUAUUGAAAAUGCAAAAAGAUGGUAUAUGGAGAGCCUUGAGUGUGAUAAGUUGUUUAUUAAGAGCGAGUAUAAUUUGCAGAGGAUUGUGCAGCAGAAGAUGAGGGAUGUAAGCUAUGCAUCAAAGGAGUUUUGUGACUUCAAGGUGUAUAUGUCGAUUAAAAGCGAGGUAGGCGAUGUGGACCUGAGUGGAUGCAGUGAAGAACUCCGUGAUGUGGCUUCUGCAAUACUAGGAGGGAAGAAAAAGACGGAUGUAGGGCUUAGAAGAUAUAUGAAGCUUAUUGGCAAUUGUUGGAUUGAAAACUUUGUUGUAAUGAACAACAUUGGGUACUUUAUGUGCAGAGACAUGAGACCUUUUGAUGGGCAUAAAGAGAAUGAGGAGGAAGGAAGUGAUAGGUUUUUAAUGGGAUCGAUUGGAGAGAAUUGCAACAUCGAAAAAGACGGACGGAUAAACGAUGGGGUGAAGUAUCUAAGGAAGGCGUUGGAAGAGUGUCCUGAUGAGUAUAGGGAGAUGAUAAAAUAUAAUAUUGGAUAUGCAACAGAAAGCAGGCAGAUGCUUAGAGAAUGCACGAUCAAGGAGGCCAAUCUUGUGCUUUCUGUUGCAGGAGAGGGGAUAGAGCAUGUUUCUGAAGAGCUUGAGCUGAUGGGAUAUCAUCACAUGCAGCGAAAAGAGUUCAAGCUAGCGAAGAAAAUACUGCAAAGGAUGGACACCGUCUACAGUAGCAUUGCGCUAGGAAACAUAUGCAUAAGAAGUUUUAUGAAAGAGAAAGAUGAUUCUGCAUUAGAGAAGGCAAUGGAUGCAUUUUCUAAAGGACUGAGUUCCUACUAUUGUGGAAAUGGAGUGGGGAUAUGUCUUGCAUUGAGUGGAAGGCAUGAGGAAGCAGCAACGAUAUUUAGGGAAGUGGCUGUUGACUGGAAAGGAGGAUAUGUGAAUUUAGGGAAUGCUAUGGUGUGUAUGAGAAGGUAUAAGGAGGCGAUGGAGGCGUUUUUGAAUGUAUCGUCGAUGAGAUAUUCACAAAAGAUGCUGGGGAUGCUGUGCAGAAUAUUGGAUACGGUUGAGAGCUACAAGGCAUGCAUGAGUGAGGGGCUGAGCGAUGUUAAAGAAAGGUUGUUUGAGCUUUUGGUGCUUGAAGAGCGAUUGGAAGAAGCAGAGCAGUUGGGUGUAGAUGAUGUAGAGUUACUUAAUGUGUAUAAUCGGAAGAAAAACGAGAUGAAGGAAAGGCAGAUGGACUUGAAAAGAAAGAGGAAUGAGAUCAGCGAGUAUAGAAAAAGACGGAAUGCAAGUGAUAAUAAAGAGUGA